AUGGAAUUCAAUGAGAAAAAAUUCAAUGAAUCCAUCUAUGCUGCUGGUCUCGAUACGGAUUUGGCAAAUUUUCAAUAUGGUGACUCGACGUUGGUUGGAGACAACGGCAUCAUUUUAUCUGGUGGACAGAAGGCACGCUUAUCAUUGGCUCGAGCACUAUAUCGAGAUGAAGAUAUUUAUCUACUUGAUGAUCCUCUUUCAGCUGUCGAUGUUCAAGUUGCUCGACACAUAUUCGAAAAGUAG